CGACGUAGCGUCCAUGAUAGAUACGCGCACCUAGCCCUUGAGCACCUUUUGUUGUGCCUGCCCGCUGUAGUGUUAGCCGGAAUGUGCACAUGCCUUCUCAAACGCACGGACCAACGUAGUUUUAGCCGGAAACUGUGAACAGCCCUAGUCCUUGGCAUAAGCACGGCAGCAGCAGCUUCUUGCUUGCUAGUCAUCACACCAUGACGGACGAGCAAGCGACGGUGAAACGCGCAGCCCGUCUACUGCGUGCACGCGAAUUGGUCGCGCAAGGGCAUUUCAGGGCCUGCGAGACGACCGAGUUGCAGAUCAUCUCAGAGAAUGACACAAGUAAGGGAAAUACUUUGACGCCAGCCUCAGGACCGGAAUUCCCCGGACGCGGACGCGGAAACAAUUGGAAGGCGCGUGGUGGUCGCUCUUCUCGUGGUAGCGAAAACCGGAAUCGCACCUCUUUGCCUCGGAUUCCCCGGCCGCAUACAUCUGAACAACCUGUACGAUCGCGGCAGCAAGUCUCUGUCGGUUCCGUUGCGGCUUCACGCAAAGUUUGGCAACCCAAGUCAGCACGUGCUCUUGACAUGGUUUCGUCAGCAUCCAAGGGACCAAUAUCUGCAGAGGUGGAUGCGCCCGUGAUGGUUUUCUCUGGAGAGGAUGAUGUAGAACGGCCAACUCUACCAAUACACAGGAUAUCUGCAUAUGAUGCCUUGGGGGAACUCGGGAAGGGGCAGUUUGGCAUUGUAUCGCAGGCUGUCCGAUGCAAGAGGGGCGGUGCAAAAGAGGUUGUGGCAAUUAAGAUGCUUAAGUUUGACUUUUUGAAAGAGGGGUUUCCACUAGAGGCUUUGCGAGAGAUCACAUUACUGUCCUCCCUGCGUCACCCAAAUAUUGUACGAAUGCACGCAGUUGCUUGCGGCAGUGGUGAGGCCCCGAGUGAAUGGCACCUGGUCAUGGAGCCAGCUGGCCACGAACUGACAACACUGGUCAAGGGUGCGCGGCAACGGCCCAUGACCGAAGCACAAGUUAAGCAUCUUAUGCUACAGCUCCUGCGAGCGCUUGCCGCCCUUCACAGUGUGUGGGUGAUGCACCGGGACCUCAAGACGCCAAAUGUGCUGGUGGAUGAUAGAGGGUUGUUGCGACUGUGUGAUUUCGGCCUUGCACGGAGAGUUUGCUGCGGCCUCGAACUUGAUCCAUCCUAUACUACCAGCCAGCACGAGAGUGCUACAGUGAGUAAGCACAACUUUUUUUACGUAUCUGGUCAAGACAAAACACAUAAACGCAUGCGCACGGCUAUCAACGAGAGCCUAACCAGUCGUAGCAGAAGGUUCAACGAACCUUAUGCUACACACACUCCAAAUGUCAUUUCUGGCCACUACCGACCCCCAGAAGUUCUCCUUGGAUGCCGAGAUUAUGGGCGAGCUGCCGAUCUCUGGUCGGCUGGGUGUAUUUUUGGUGAACUUCUUUCAAGACAGGUCCUUUUCCCCGGAAAAGAUGAGCCGGACCAGCUAACCAUAAUCUUUGAUCUUCUUGGCGAACCAACUGAAAAGAGAUGGCCUCUUUAUCCGUGCGUAGCCUGUGUCAAAAUUUAGUUUUAACGGCCAGGAUGGACAGUUUGUUGACAGGCAACUUGCGCGACUGCGUGGCUUCCGCUUUGCGCCUUCAUCACCGAUACCAACGGUCAUGGCUAAGGGUGGGACAGACCUUCUUCGACGCAAGUUCCCUGCUUCUGGAUUUGAUGGGACCCAUGCACCCUUAAAUGCAAUGUCUCUGGUGACCCCACUAACCCAAAUCACCACAAGCUUGAGCAAUACGGGUUUCUUUCUGUUAUCUAAAUUGCUGGAGAAAUCCCCCGAACAUCGCAUUGUGGCAGCAGAUGCUAAAGGCGAUCGCUGGUUUGCAUCACGCCCUUCUCCUGAGGCCCUGAGUGUCACAGAUAUCAUGCCCCUUCUUCAGCUUGCUAAGAUUGAGGAUGUUGCCACUCAAAAUGUACCACAAUUCGCACCCACGGGCUUCUCGGGAGCUUCCCUGCCGCAAUCUAACGUGCUAGCACCAACUGAAGGUAAUACCCAAAACCCGUCCUUGGUGAACCAAUCCCAAGGGGACGUCAGUGCUGCUUUGGCAGUAGCUCGAGCUCGGGCUCAUGCUCUCAACCGCCAGCGUCACCUUUGAGUUCUGGGACCUCUGUCUUUGAGCCUCUAUAGCCCGUGGUCUCCUCGAUAGUGAGCUGGCACAUCCAAGUCGAGUGUGUAUACCGUGACUUUCGCAACACUAUGCGUUCCUCAUUUCAAGUUGAUGCUGGACCCGGAAGUUACUAGUAGAUGCAAUAAUACCGGGGUCGUAUGACAAAUGGUGACGGAAGGGACCGGAUGAUGAUAUAGUUGUAGCAUUCACCAUUUUCGAGAUUUUAUUUAGAGGCCGAUUAAGCCCUAUUUGCUGCGCUCAUGGGACAAUGAUAAAAAACGACACAACCGUGACCAAAAAUUACCAAAUAUAUAUAAUUUAAGACUGGAUUUCGAGCUAGCCUUAUCGUUCGCUCCCAGAGAAGCGGCCCAGACCAGUAGAUGCUCUUCAAGUUUAUUAUUAUUAAUAGUAACCUCAGCCUGACUUGGCCAAAAUGGGCACCUCCGACUCGGACUCGGAGUCAACUUGAACUUGAAAGGCCCGGGCCCCGGCGGGCGGCCGGGCCCGGAUGCACUUCCGUGGCAAGCUAGUGUCGCUGUGUGCUUAGGAUGCCCCUGGGGCCAAACGGGCCAAGUUUCCGGAUUAGGGUUCUCCCGAUCGGCCGCGAGUCUGGCUUGCGACGGCCCGGGGAGGCCCGGGGCAGUGACCGUGACCGUGACUCGGACUCGGCCGGGCGCCUGAGCUGAGCUCCAGUCACGGUGAAUAAAAGUGACACAACUUGGUACUUGUCUUCUCAUACAGUAUAAAGUCCCUGAUAUUUCAGAACCCCCGAGGCUCUUGCCCUUCUACUAGUGGGAGGACCGGGUGCGCAUCGGGCAGUAUCCAGGUAUCUUUGACCUGUGCCCUGCUGGUGGCAUCUUGCCUUUUUAUACUUGGCAAUGUUAAAACGUCUUACAGCUGCGCUCUCAAAAAA